AUGGCUAAUUAUAGAGAACAACCUCUUUCCAAAGGGGAUUAUCACAAUCGAGUUCCAAAUAACAAUUAUCAUAAAACUACAAAGCAACUCUAUAAUGAAGAUCAAAACAAUAUUGAAAAUUAUUAGCAAAACCCUAGAAAAUAACAUUUCUGCUUAGAAACUGAAGAUCAAGACAGAAAUAAUAGACAAUAUUAUUAAGGCAAUAAUAAAUACGAUGAACCAUUUUCAAACAAUCCAUAUUACAACAGAGCUGCUUUAGAUUAGGUUUGUAGCAAAUCAAUAAUAACAAUUUAAGAUUAGCCAAAUCGACUCUAAGACGACCAUUUGAGGAACGAAUUGCAAAGGGACAACUAUAAUUAAAUUAACUAGUAAUAAGAGCCAAUUUCUAAAUAUUAUAAUAAUGAUUAAAGAGAUAGGUAUUAGGAAGUCAAAAACUACUACUACAAUUAGAAUCAAUAGUCUAAAUCUAUUUUAUCACCGAAAUUAUAUUCUAGGGAUAUUUAUGAUUAGCAAUAAGAAUAAUAAAAAUAAACUUAAAACAAACAAUCAAUAAAUUAAUAAUAAAAAUACUAAAAAAUAAAUGAAUGCGUUUAAGAGAAUCCCUAAUUUGGAUAAAUAUAAGAUAAUUAAUAGAGAUAAUAUCAUUAUUAAAGUUAACCAAUAUAAUAGUAAUUCUCUUAUUAACAACAACCAUCUAAAGAGUUUAGCUGUCAAAAUGCACAACAAUACGUAUCAAAUUCAACUAGAUAAUAAGUUAAUAGUACAGAUGAACAUUAAUCCCAAAGAGAUGUUUAAUAGUAAUAAUAAAGAUAAUGUGUUUCUUAUCAAACACAAUCUCCAUAAAGAUUUCAUUAAGAUCUUCCAAUUCAAAAACAAUAACAAUUUUAAUAAAGACUAUAAUAUCUAGAAGAAUUGAAGAGCAGAAUACCUAAAGAUGAAAUAUUCUAUUAAUAAGUUGAUAAAAGAAUGCCUCAAACAUAAUAAUAGUACCGUUAAGAACAAAAUGAGAGAAUUAACAAAAUCAAUCCAAUUGCAGCUGUAAGUAGAAUGUAGAGACCAAAUGAUAUUGAUUAGGAUACAUAUCAUAAUUCCUAGGGCCAAUAUCAACAAUAUUAAUAUUAGUAAAGAGAAGACUAUUUAAUAUAAUCGAAUAGGAAUAAUCCUAAUUAGUAUCUUAACUUGUAUAUGUCUAAUAAAUAUGAUGAUCAAGGCUCAUAUUAAUAGAGAAAUAACUAACAUAAAAGGACUCGAACACCAAAUCGUUAUAGUGAAGACAGUUAUGAAAGAGAAAGAUAAUAGUUUAUAUAGUAAACUUCUCAUAUUAAAACAAAUUCUUAAACUAUCAAUAAAAGAAAAUGA